ACAUGGAUCUUGCGGAGGAUUGCAAUAAAUUCCAGGAAUUCCUUCGCCCUUCCACGGAAACUCACGUUCCGCUGCCACCGAACUUUUACGAGUCGUUUUUAAGAAAAAAUCCGAAUUACAAUCCACAAAUGGAAACGCCAAGUGCUCCGAGCACGCCGAACACAAGCUCGAACUCAAUUCCCAGUGCUAGAAUUCCAAGUGGAAAUUCAAACGCACAAGUUGUGAAAGCGCUUCUCGAGACGAAUAAGCGGUAUAUCGAACAAGCCGCAAUGCAGAAAGCAGCAAACGAAGUGAAUGUGAAAACUGCACAAUAUAACAAUUUGAUUCCGAUUUCAUUUGAUCAGGAAGAAUUUUUGAGAGGCAUCGAGGAAUCUAGAAGACCGAAAUAACGCUGUAAAAAUUAUAAACAUAAUUUUGUAAAUACUAUUCAUGAUCAGAACUUAAAACCUUUCAUAAUUAACGAAUCGGGUUGAAUAAAUUAUUGAAUCUCAUUU